AUGGAAGUUGAUUCACAUAAUUCAGGAAAUUUAUUGAGACCAGAAAGAUGCCCCAUUUAUUAUUUCAUGGUCCACCAGGAACAGGAAAAACUUCUUGUAAUUUUUUAUUUCUCUUAAUUCUUAUUAGGUAUUAUUGCAAUCGCUAAGCAUCUAUAUGGAAAUACUAAUUAUAAAAACAUGAUUUUGGAAUUGAAUGCAUCAGAUGAUAGAGGUAUUAAUGUGGUUAGAGACUAAAUAAAGAGUUUCUGUUCAACUCAGCAGUUAAUGAGCAAAGGAAUUAAACUUGUCAUCCUUGAUGAAUGUGAUUCAAUGACAUCAUCUGCCUAAUUUGCAUUAAGAAGAAUUGUUGAGAAAUAUACAAAGACUACUAGAUUCUGCUUUAUUUGCAACUACGUAUCAAAGAUUAUUCCAGCAUUGUAAUCAAGAUGCACAAGAUUCAGAUUUGGACCACUGGGUCCAGAGAGUAUUAUGGGUAGACUUAAUGAAAUAGCUAUGCUUGAAAAUCUUUAACUUGAGCCUAGUGCAGCUGAAGCCAUUGUAAAUCUGAGUGGAGGUGAUAUGAGAAAAGUGCUUAAUGUACUAGAGAGUUGUUCACUUGCUCAUUAGAAAAUCAAUCUCUAAGCUGUUUAUGAUGUGACUGGCAGGCCAUCUCCUUAUGAUAUCAAUCAAAUAUUUGUAGCUUUAAAUGAAGAUAGAUUCAACAAGGCCUUGUAGGUUAUCUAGACUAUUAAGACUGAAAAAUCGCUAUCUCUAGAAGAUAUAAUCAGUGAACUUCACAAAUAAGUAAUGAUUACUAAGUAUACUGAUGAAAUGAAGAUGUAUCUGAUAUCAAGAAUGGCAGAAAUAGAAUAUAGACUUGCUUAGGGCAGUAAUGAAAGAGUUAAUAUUGCAUCUGUUGUUGGAUCUUUUAUUGAAGUUAGAGCUAUUAAGGCUAAAUGA